AUGGAAUCAAGUGUUACCGGCACCCCUGCACCGGUAGGCCCAGCAAGUCCAAGUCCAUCGCUGGAGUCGUUCGUGGACCAAAUUUUGGCUGAAGCCCUUUCUGGUACUACUGUUUCCUCGUUGGAGCGCAUGGACCAAUGGCUGGGAAUCUCUGUGUCUGAUGAUGAUGAUGAUGACGACUUGGAAUUGACAGUGGAGGACUGUGCGCCCUUUUCUUCCAAGCUGUACGAGCUGGUCUCUUCCAUGAUCCUGUUUGCGUGGGAUCCCACUGCUAGUUCUACUAGUACUAGUAGUACUGCCGAUUCUACUAGUGGUAUGAAUGGCCUGAAUGUCCUGAUUGAAGAGCUGUAUCAUCUGAAGGAGUCUGGAGUGACGCAAGAAGAGGAUUUGAUUCAAGCCAUCACUUUGCAAUGCAUUCCUGCUAUAAGAGUCACCAAAUGGAUCCGACAUUGGAUGGAGUGCAAUGUGGAUGAACACUCUACUAGUAGUACUAGCAAUAGUACUACUACCAAUACGUCCUUUUCCCACUACUUGCUAGUGGGACAACAAUAUACCCCACACUACUCUGAGGCUCUUUUCAAAUCGUUAUUCCUCCACAUGACACUGCUGCCUACCUAUCAAUCCCAACUCUUACUCUUCAAUCAAGCCUUUCAACGAGGAGAUUUCACGGGACAACCAACGCUGCCAAAACACAAAAAUCUGCUUCCCACUACUACCACCACGACAACAGCACUGGCAGACCCCACGCAUCGCUUACGACAUUACCAACGAGCCCAACAAUUGGCACAACGACUCACACAAGAAUACAAUGAUCAUUUGCAAUCCAUCGAAGCCAUUCUCGGAGACUGGUACAGUACCACUCCCACACUCCGUCCAUUGGGACGGUCCGGAUUGGGACGAGUAUGGCUCAAAUUUCAAUUGCAAAAUACUUCUGGCACAUAUGCACCUAGUCUACGAGGAGAGAAUACCAGUGCCAGUGGUCUCGACGUCACCUUACGGGUGCUCUAUCGCAUCUUGUUGGGAAUGCAAACGCACAACAACAACAACAAUCCAAAAGCAACAAGCACCACUACGAGUACCAUCCUGGAAGAAUUGCUCUUUCAUCAAUUGCUGCCGUUGCAUCAACCCAAUGCCAUGGUAUUGUGGCGAGAUCAGACCAGUUUGCUGGAAUUGUACCACGAACCAUUGGUACAAUGCAUGGCACACAUACUCAAACAAUAUCAUCCCAAUCAUGUUGCACCCGUCUGUCAGGCACUCUUGAUACCCUCCGAGUCAAUUUGGCCCGUGGGAGGAAAUACACCCAAGCAAGUAUUGCUGCUUCAUGAAGUCGAUACCUAUCUCGGUCUUUUACUGCCCCAAAACGACAAUGAACAACAAGAAAAAGAAACACAACAACAACCACAACCAUUUAACCCAACCACCUUUGGUUCCAUCUUGUCCACCAUUGCCCAGUGCAUGGCAUCGGAGCACUCGCGAUUGGCCGAACGGGCACUCACGCUAUUUCGAAAUGCAGUUUUCAAGAACCUAGUCAUGGAAGUGUACUACGCGGAAUCGCUCCGAGUGCUACUCCCCGCACUCACGCGAUCCUCUUCCAAUACUAGUACCAGCAUGGGUGGUAGCAACAUUCCCUGGAAUCCCACCGUCCGAAAAAUGACCUUUCACGUAUUGAAGAAUCUACAACAGAACAAUCCCGAACAAUUUGCCAGCGUGACUGCAACCAUACGAUUUGGAAUGGCGGCCGAACCAACGACCCCAACAGACAUGACGACAACAACUGCUUCCACCACAAAGUCGCCGCUUCUAGCAGGCGCAACCUCCUCCGAGUCUUCCUCCUCCUCACCGUCGUCCAUUCCGGCCUUUAACCAACGAUUUUCACUCCAGGCGGGAAUGGGCAAUUGGCGGCCACCGUCGGCCAAAGGGCGGAAAAAUACUAGUAAUACCAGCAUGCCACCGCCAUCGGCGCGACCUCCGCCCCCACUGAGUGUCACUGGAGUCGCUCCGUGGGCUCAGAGCAAGAAUAGCAAAGUACCAACUGGCGCACGAAACAAUCCCCCUUCCACUGUCACCGGUGUGGCACCAUGGGCCGCAAAACCGAAACAAAAUCCACCACUGACCGUAACGGGGGUAGCACCCUGGGCAACCACAACAACGACGAGUCGCUUGCCUCCCGCUCCCAAAAGUCACAAACGAUCGGGUGCUCCGACACCGCCCGCGGCCAUGCCGCCACGACAGAAACUUCCGCCGCCAUCGCCGCCACAACCAGAAAAACCAAAGGAAGCAUCACCAUCCUCUCCUCCGUCCAUUCAAAAAGGCGACGAGAAUGAUGACGACGAUAACAACAAGAAGCCGUCGAGCAGCACUUGCGACAAUAAUCCCGGCCUGGCAUAUGUUCUUCGUUACAUGGAACAAUGCAAACCACCAGGGAUGGAUGAGAACGAAGACGAAAACGCGUCAUCGUCCUGGUCCAAGGCCCAAAUGUCCGAAACGCCCACGCUCCUACCCGACUUGAAAUUUCACGAUUUGGUCUUUGGUCAAGAAUUGGGACAGGGGGCUUUUGGGGUGGUCAAGUACGCCCGACUCAUUGACCGGAACAAAACGCGGUCGCAGUGGCCCGAAUACGCCGUCAAGAUUAUUGCCACGGAAAAAAUGAAAGAACUGGGCUACGAAUACGGUGUGGCACGAGAGAUUGCUUGCCUGCAUUUGGUCAGUCAUCCCAAUGUGGCUCGACUCGUAUCGAGUUUUCGAUUUCAACAAGGAGCCUAUUUGGUGCUCGAGUAUGCCAGUGGCGGAGAUCUGCAUCAAUUGUUGCAGAAACACGGGUCGUUGGACGUUCCGUCGUGUCAAUUUGUUCUUGGCGAGGUGAUUGCGGCACUGGCGAGCUUGCACGACGACUUGGGCUUUGUCUACGGUGAUUUGAAACCCGAAAAUAUCGUGUUGAGUGAAACGGGGCACGUCAAGUUGACCGAUUUUGGGGCGUGUCGUCCAUUCACCGCAAAGGCAAAGGAAAUGCUACAACGACAAAUGGGGAAGAGUGGCAAGAAUCUGCUAGGCACACUGCGAGAGGGAGACCCACGGAAACUCAACAAGCCACAACAAUUGGAGCAGCAGAGCACUCUCGGCGGUGUCAUUGAAGAAGACGAGGGAGAGGAAGAGGAGUGCUCUGGUUGGAUGUCAACGGACGAUGAUGACAAGGGAGGCGAUGGCAAACUCAUCAACGAUGACACGAUGCAAGUCGUGGACAAUAGCGAGAAAGAUCACCAGUCAGAAGAAGAAGAAGAAGAAGUAAAGGAAGAUCUCCGAAUUGAAGGAACUACCGCCUAUUUGCCACCAGAAGUGGUCAUGGGAGCCAUCCCAACACCAGCGGCAGAUUCGUGGGCUCUGGGUUGCGUGUUGUACCAGUGCCUGUCCGGCCGGCCACCCAUUCUGGAAGCGGAUGAAGCCAUGACUCGAAACCGCAUUGUGACGUUUGAAGCUUCAGGAGGUGACGCGUCGAUGGGAAUGAGCACUGUUGACAACGACCCCUUGUUUGGAAAGGACCAAAAGCACGCCGCUGACAUUACCGAGCCCGCCAAAGCUUUGAUUCGAAGCCUGCUGGAACGAGUAUCGGUCCAGCGCCCGAGCAUGCAACAAGCCGCCCAACACGAGUUCUUUGACGGUCAAAAUGUCCUGCAACUAUAUCAGAAACCAGCGUACCCGUUGGAUGUGGGAGGUGUGGCACCCGCUCCGCCAGAAGCGCAGUGGUCGCGUCGACAAUUCAGUUCCAUAUGGGCCCCACAACCUCAUGCCUACGACAUCAGUGGGACAUCAACGCUCCAGGGAACGAACCGAUUGGGCGUGUCGUCGGCGCCGAUCGUGGAAGCCGACGAAGUAGGGUCUUCGUUCUCCCACACCCACUUUCACAGAACGGUGAUGGCGAGCUCUCACACGAACAAGAACGGUGACAAACCCACCGAUGACGCUGGAGCGGAAAUCACUGGCAGCACGGAAAUCAAGUCGAAUGGAUGUCUGGCACCGCUACCACAGAUUGAGGAGGAUGACGUUUCCAUGGCUUCGGCAGACGGCUAA